CAAAACUGCACACUGUAGGUGAGUUAUCUUGACUCAGUCGACAUUCUUUGUACGUAUGACGCUUUAGGAUACGGGAAGUGUUAGCAGAUUAAAAUCAUUCUUGAUCCGAAUAAACUUAACUGGAGGAAACAGCGAAGCUAUAAUAACAUAUGUUCUUAGGUUUUGUUUGAAAUUGCGUUAUUUUUGAAUUACGGUUGUUUGUUUUGGAUUUUUGUUUGUUAGAAACUAUGACAAUUUUGUUUUUUACAACGAGCGCGGCGUCUUAGCCUCUCAGAGUAAAGUUCAGUCUUUAAACAAUGCUAGCUACUGUAGCGUCAGAGUCCUGGAGCUUAUCACCAGCAGCAGCGCUGUUCUCUGGGAUAUUAACAAUAACCGGUGCCGUAUGUCAGCGAUGUUAAUAGUUUUUUACUAAAGUAAAUGAGACAUAUUUGCAGGGUUACUGCGCAUUCCACUGCUUUUUAUGUUAUUGCCACAACGUCAUUCAGUGGUUUGCCCCCUGUGUCUUUCUAAUGAUGGCGUGGCAGUAGAUGUGUUGUUUGUCGACAAACACGGAUGGUUCUCCCUUCAGAACUCCCAGUCACCACAGCAGCAGAGGCGGAGAAUCGACCAACAGAGCCUGUAGCAGACAGUAGACAUCAUUUCAUCACUAAUUGCCUCGGUGUCUCACUGGAGAGCAGCAGCUGAAACAUGGAUGACGAGCUCUUAGUACAGACUGUGUCCGUGUUUCAAGAGCUGGUCUCGUGGAUCGCCGGUGGAUUCAUGGUGUUCGGAGGGGUGCUGCCCUACAUCCCUCAGUACAGGGACAUCCGCCGGACGCAGAAUGCUGAGGGCUUCUCCAGCUACGUGUGUCUGGUCCUGCUGGUAGCAAACAUCCUUCGUAUCCUCUUCAGAUUUGGCCGGUACUUCGAUACCUUCCUGUUGUGGCAGAGCAUCAUCAUGAUCAUCACUAUGCUCAUCAUGCUGAACCUGUGCACCAGUGUCCGCAUGGCCACAGAACUCAACACAAAGAGGCGCUCCUUCUUAGCCACAGACAGUAAGGACGAGGAUGUCAGAAUCCCUAAGCGACACUUUCUGGAUUUUGACUGGAACUACUUCUGGUUGUGGAGCCGCUUUCAGGACUACGUGCAGUGCGUGCUAACUUUCACAACGGUGGCGGCUUACCUUACCUAUGUACUUCUGGACUCGGUACUGUUCGUGGAGACUUUGGGAUUCCUGGCUGUUUUUUCCGAAGCAAUGCUGGGCACACCGCAGCUGUACUGCAAUUAUCAGAACAAGUCCACUGAAGGAAUGAGCAUCAUAAUGGUACUAAUGUGGACCAGCGGCGACACCUUCAAAACCGUCUACUUCCUGAUCACCCAGGCCCCCGUGCAGUUCUGGACGUGCGGGCUGCUGCAGGUGGUUGUGGACAUCACCAUCCUCUUCCAGGUUUACUACUACAGCCGCUACCCGCAGAAACCCAUCUCCCACACCGUGUCCCACACCACCAGUGCCAAAGCUCUGUGAGCGCUCGGAAACCAGUGAGCCUGGCCGAGGAAAGCCUUAUCAUCUGAGCUGUAAACAUUUCUAAACAUGCAGUAGUACCAAAGCCACCCUGCUGUCGGCUCGUGCCACCUGCUCUGUUUACAUCCACAACACUAUGUAAACUAUGUUACAGAGGGAUUUAUUGCAGUAAGUGGAUGAAGGCUCAGGGUAAGUACUCAGCAGUGUAUCUAAGGAGAGAAAUUUUACUUCUGUCUGCUAUUGUACUACACCUACUCCACACGCAGGUCUGAUAAAAAUCUUUUUACAGAGCAAAGCAGCACUAAAAGGCAGGUGUCAACAGCAACAGUAAAUACUGAUAAACAGCUGGCCUCAGAGUCGGAGGAGCUCAGGACAGAUCUCAUACCAAGAUGAGUAUUUUGGUCAUUUGUGGAUGACAUGUUACAGUUAUCAUUUGAAGUAUUCUAGAAUUAUUAUUUUUUGCACAUUGAACUUGAGCAUUGUCAUGUGUUAAAUGUUAGAAAUGCAGUGACAAACGAAGCCACGGUUCACUUUGGAAUAUGCUCAUAUAAUAGGGCGCCAUCGUUUUAUUGCCAAAGCAAACAUUGACAUUACUUUUUUUUCUAAAGCACAUUCACUGACCUUCUACUGGGGCCGGCUGCUCUGGCUACCACCGUGUCACAUGACGUUAAUUUCCUGUUUACUGGCAGAAGUCACAGUGAAUGUUUUUUUCCCCCGUUAUUGUUACAUGUCUUACAGGCAGGUAUAGCAGAGCCAAAGAAGGAAAUGAUUGCCUACAUUGAUCUGUGCAGCAGAGAUGACGGGAAUCUGUCCUCAAGAAAUGGAAACGUCUUCUCUGUUUCACAGAAACAUGAGCAAAAAAACUGGUUCCUACAUGGUCUUAUAAAGCACCUAAUACCUUAUUUUCCAUCUUUACAUAAAUUAUGAUCAACAUCACUAAUAAGGUAAUAAGUGCUUUAUAAUAAAGGGCAAAUGAUUACUAAGUCAGUUGUAAGUCCGUUUUUAAGAAUGACACAUUUGUUUCUUGGUAAAUAAUUACAGAUGCCCAAAAUUUUCCUUUUUUUUUGGCCGAUUCUGAUUAAAUUCUUACAAUCACUGGCUGGUCAAUUGGUACAUCUCUAUAAAUAUUGUUUGUUUUACAUCAUGUUUAUACAUCCUGCCUUCCUUUUUAUGGUAUUGUCACCAAUCGUUGAAUGUCAGUGUCGUAGAUAUUAAUAAUAGAUCCUGCAGUCAAGGUGACCUGUAUGAAUAAUGUGAGAAAACUGGUUAUUAUUGGAUGAACUUUCUUUUCUUUUUUGUCAUUUAAACCUCAGUUACUCCUUGAUAUAUGUAAUGUAUUGUCAUAUGCAGUUUUUUUUUUUACUGUAUGUUUUUGUAUUUUAAAUUUGAGCAGAUUGUCAGCAGCCCGACUGCAUCGCCACCAUGAGUUACAGCAUCCUCCGACAUAAGAGGCUGUUUUACAACUGCCUAGAAUGUGGGCACUGUUGCUGAAUAAAGAGGACGGAGAGGCA